AUGGACGACGCGGAGCUUCUCCUCCGGGAAUGGGCGAUGAGCUCGCGGCUCCUGUACUUCUCGGUACUCGGAGUCUCGUCCUUCACACUUCCGGCCCUCGUUUUCUCGUUGGCUUCGAUGAAACGCUUGAGGAAAUCCAACACAAAACCGUUUUUGUGCGUCAUCAUGGUGGCCAACAUUGUUCUGCUCACGGCGGUCCUCACCAACGUCCUUUCCGAGCAGUUCAACCUCUUCGUUGGUCAGUUUUUAGGAAAAACGAGAGUUAUUACAAUACAAAAUUGGUUUAAAAUGAGCGCCAAUACUAAAGAGACCUCUUAAAGUCAUUCAGAACUAAAUCAUUUUAUUGUCUCUUCUAGUGGCCAUUUGAAAAUGCGCCAAGUGGUCACUUAAGGCGUUCAUGAGAAGAUGUUGAAAAUGUAAGCAGAACAGAGAAUCAAAAAUAAACCCAAUUUUAUCGGCUCAAAUGUAAGAAAUGAAGAUGCAUGACUUUUGGGACGUCACUAUAGUGGGCACUUCAGUGAGCCAUAUUUCUAGGCUUCAAAAAUUCAAUGAAAAGUGAAAAAUUUCCUGUGACUCUCCUAUAGAAAAAAUAGCUUAUCUUUGAAUUUAGCCAAUUAACUAGAGUUCGUGGGAAAAUCAGAGACAGGCAGACACUUUAAAAUCUCUGCUCGUCUGGUGUCUCCAUUAUUUCUAGGAAAUUUCGCAAAUUAGAAUUUUCAAUUUUUUACAUUCUAAUCAAUUAAUUUUUAACAUUUGAAAUUUAAGUUUUCAGAUAAAUAUUCCAAAUCCCAACUCAAAUUUUUUUCCCUUUUUGUUUUCAAAUUGAAAUCCGAAGCUAUUUUUAGACUCAACAGAACGUAAGAUUUUUUAAUUAUAAAACGAGAAUUUUUUUGUUUUUUUGCGCACAUCAAUUUCAGCGGGAGGAUCCGUGUCGAAGGAAAUUUGUUUGAUGAAAAUUUUUCGGGGUGAGGGUUUUUUUGCUUCAAGUGAUGAAAACUACUUCAAUUUUUCAAAUCAAGGUACUUUCAUUUAAGAAGAGUUUUACAACUUUGAAAUGAAACUAGACUUUAGGAGGCUUAAAACACGAGGAGAACUUGAGAAAUCGUUUUCUCAAGUACUUUUCCUCACUUCAAACUUGUGCCUCACACCCGGAACGAGCUUUUUCUUUGAUCUCGAUAGCUUAUUUUGCAAACUUUACGUCAAAAAAGGGAAGUUCCGAUUCUUCAAAUGGUUUUUAUUUUUUCUCAGCUUUUCCUCUAGCUCAUAGGUCACGAGGAAAAUAAUUAUAUAGGUUGAAAAGUUGAAUUUUUGACGCAUUUGGUAAUUAUAGCAGUCUCGGAGGAUGAUUUUGUCUAUUGUAAAGGAAGAUUGGAUUUCUUGAACAUAGGCUCGAAAAUAUAAUCUUUUUCGAACACGUGAUCUAUGAGAGAUUAAACAAACUUGAAAAAAGAUUUUCUUGGGUUCAAAAUUCAGUAAUUGAGCUAAUCGCGCUCUAGGGAUAAUCAUUAAGAAUAUUUUUCUGGGACUUUGAAAUGGACAGGCUUUUAGAAACAACUACGAAAAAAAAAAGGAUUUUUUUAAAAUUCAGCCCGGAAAAUAAAAAAAUACCUCAUCACAGUUUUCUUCUCAAUAAGAAAUGAACAAAAAAACUAUUUUUCAAGAUCAAAAAACUUUUCAGGCGUCGUUCCUGGCGUGAUCGUCUGUAAAUUGAGCACAUUUCUGGUCAACACUUCGUCCAGUACGAUCCACUGGACUUGGGUCGCGAUGUACCUUCAGGUAAAAUAGAAAUUGUUUUCGUAAAUUUGAAUAAAAUUAGAUUUUUUCAAGCCUAUUUGCUAUUUUUAAAAGUGUUUUUACUCAUGACAAAGUUCAAAAAGUUCACACUCGAUUCUCAAAAAUAUCCGGUACUGCUCAGUCAACCGUAGCUUUUCGUUCUUUGAGGCCAAAAAUUGGGUGGACUUUAAAAGUCAACAAGUCCUUUGCCUUUGGGAGGGCCACGAGAAACUAAAAAGUUCCGAAUCGUUCAUUUUCUACUCGACAUUUCAAACUUAAAAAAAAAAUUUCCACCAAACAACAUGCUUCUGGUUAUUGCUCAGGUUACGGUUAAGUUGCUCAUGUUAGAUUAAACAGAGAAGCUCAAACGUGUAGUUUUCGAAUCAUUGAGAAAAAUUUUCAAAUUCGUAAAAUUUGGACUAGUUUUGCUGAAAAAUAAUCUCAUCCUUGCUUAUUUCAAAAAACGAAAAUAAAGUUCAUUUUCCGUUUUUUCCUGUUUUAUUUUUCCAUUUUCCCCAAAAAUUGAGCUUUUCUCUGGCUCAUUCGUUACAGCUCCUGUCAAAACCUCCUGGGAAACCUCUUGUUUUUGAGAUCAUCCCAAAAAAUCUGCUUUUGUUUUGACUGUGACGGGAAAAAAUGUGUCAGUGUGGGAAAAUUUUAGAGUUUUUGCGGGGAAAAAGUUUUUUUAUGCAUCAGCGGAUGCUCUUUUUGGAAUUCAAAGUGCUUUGGUCAUUAGGCGAAACAUUUCAAAAGGAUUUUCAUGAAAAAGAAUUAGAAGGGAGAAUAGUUAAAUUGUUUUUUUCUAUUACUUCUACCGGAUUUUUUUCAAAAAUUUGAGCUUGGAAAACGAAUUUCGAAUCAAUUAUAGCCUCAGAAAGUUAUAAAAAAACCUCAUACGUUUAAAAAAAUGUCACUGACGCAAAAUUUCGAGUUGGGUUCGUGUCGGAAUCCACAAAACUCGAAUCCUCUAAUUUAAAAUUAAUGAAACCCAAAAGAUGGCUUUUUUUCUUUCUUUAGUAUAUUCAACACCAGACAUCCUUGGUGUAUGUUCUGACCAAACUAAAACCGAAAUUUCUCUCUUUUUUCACUUCCUAAAAAGAAGAAGAGAGGACGUUCUCAGACUUCUUUUCAUUAAGAUCCAUUUAUUAAAGAAAGGGGAACGGAAAUGAGAAUUUUUGGAGACAGCUGGUCAUAGUCCAACAGGAAAUCCUACUAAUAACUAAACAUUAAUUGUGAACUUUGAAACAACUUUGAUUUGAAAUAAAUAUUCGGAAAAAGUACUGUAAAGUUCAAAAUAUGAUCUUGAAGCUUUAUUGUGAUUGAAAUUUUUGUGAGGUAGUUUUUAUGGAUCAUGAAUAGAAAAAAAUGGCCGAAAAAAAUUAUCAAAUAAUUUUAUUAAAAAAAUGUUUUUUUGUGAGAUAUACUAUAUUGUGGCGUUUACGGCCUAUUUCACCCGCAAAUCCUUUUCGGUAAACCUUUAAAAACUUUUUUUGAGAAACGAGAAAAAAACAAUAUUAAAGCGAUUGACGAAGAUAUCAAAUUUUUCAAACUUUUUUUAUCGCUUUUUUUCGAGAAAGAUCAUGAAAUUUACUGUGUUCUUUCGUUUACAUUUUUUAAAAACGCAAUCCUUUUCAUAAUAAUACAUUUUUAAAGAAUUAAAUCAAUAAAAAAACGAUCAAAAUUAGAAUGAAAACCAAAAAAAAAAAUUAUCGUGGCCGAGGUUGGCAAAUUCGCAAGAUGCGCGCUACCGCACAAAUCGAAACAGCGGAGUGUCGUUCCAUGAAAUUUCAACUUGUGGCACAUCGACUAUAAACUGACUUAAUUUUUGAAUCCAAAAAAAUCAUUUUUUUCAGUUUUUUUAACAUUUGACACAAAGCUUGACUGUUCAUUUUAUUUUUUUCAAUAAAAUUUUUAAAUUUUUCCUUUUUUUAAUAAUAAUAGGUUUAUUUUUUUAAUCAAGUCUUAAAAGAGAUCAGAAGCGCAAACACCUUUUUUUAAAAAUCUAUUUUCGAAAAAAACAAAGAACUAAACGACUAAUUAGCGUAGUCCUUGAAUAACACACCCAUUUUCCAAUUAUCCUUCUCCUUUUUUUCCCCAAAAUUGGCUUUUCUUGAUGUUUUUCAGGGGAAGUUGUCCAGAAGAGGACCACAAAUUAAUUAAAUAUAUUUAAUUUCCAGAGGUUCCUGCACGUCUUCUUUCCCAUGCGAGCUCGUCGUUCGCUGUCUGGCAAGUCCAAAAAUAUCAUUUUCGCGUGAGUUUUUGAGAAGGGGAGGACAUCUCGAAAGUGCGUACACUUGGUUGGAGGGAAAAAUAUUUUUUGGAGUUUAGGGAAAAGUUUGGAAGUAUUAUUACAGCUCUUCAAUAAACACAAGGAAUAAUUUCACUCCAAGGUCCCGAAAAAAAAUGAUCCUUUUUUUUGUUUAGGGACGUUUUUUAAGAUGAAGACUUUCAUUAUCAAUAUUUCAAAAACCUCCGAGUUUUUCGAAAAAAAUAUUGAAAAAAAUUUGGCGUACAGGUCCAAUUUUGAGUUUAUUUUUCAUAAAGAAUUUCCUUAGCUGUCCUGAGAAGGUCAAAAACUGUACCGCGCGGAUGUUUUUAAAGUGCGGACGUUUCUUAAAAAGGAAAAAAAAAUUGAAAAAAAAAAUCUUUCAAAAAAUUUUCAAUGUUCUGGUAAUCCUAAUAAUGAGGAAACAUACAAAUCUAUCCUCUAAUCUCUUUCGAAAAUCACGAAAAUUUUGUGGAGGGAAGAAAAUUUCAGAAAUCCAUCCGCAAAUUCAAUUCUCCGUUUGUCUUCUUACGCAUUUUUCAAAUAUUCUUUUCGCCGCACUUUUAAGGAACUGGGAUUCCUGGAACACUUCCGAGAGAAAAUUCUGAAUAAACACUCCAAAAAUUCAAAAUUGAAAAUUAAAGUUUUUCAGAAGACUUCAAAAAAAUUUUUUUCCUAGAUUUUUUUGGAGGUAAAAAUAUAUUAGUAAUAAAUUAGAAGACACAGUUGAAAAUAGUUCGUAAAUACUCAAAAUUUUUCACUUGUAAAAAAGGAAGCGGAUAGUUCAAGAUGCGACCGACCUAAAACUACUUACGCUUUGCGUUAUCCUUUUCACGUAACUUUUAAAAAAGGCAAUAAAAUUGAAAUAGUCAAUCAGAAAAGAAAAUUUUAACUCCAAUAACCUCAUUUCUGACGUCCUUUCUUCAUUAUUUGGAUUUUUUCAGAACUGGGAAUUUCACCUUUUUUUCAAGAACUUUUUCAGUUGUGCUUCUUUUUUUAUUGGGGAAAAAAACAAAACUGAAUAAUUUUUCCAGUCUGUUGGUUUCAAUUAGUAAGAAAAGGAAGAAAAAAAAUAAGAAAAAUUAAUUUCUUCAGGAUCACCUUGUUUUCUUCACUCGCCGAAGUGUGGACCUUGAUUUUGAUGACCGAGAUUCGGGUACCCGGGGAGGACGACGGCCAGAGUGGAUCUUACUGUGCUGAGAAUCCGAGGAUCAUCGGGUUCGUUGAGGAAAAACCAAAGAAAAAAAUCUAGAAGAAGUCUUUAAAUCCACUAGAACCAUUUUUUUAGAGGUUUCAAAUCCAAGAAUUUUUUUAAAUCAAAAGAAAAAAAUACCUUCUUGCUUUUUUCCGAGUACUUUUUUUCGUACUUCAGACUUCGUUCUUUUUCUCAUUCAGCUAAUUAGAUUUCCUGAGUAAAGAUCAGAAAUAGAGGAGCAGCUGAAUAAUUGAAAAGCUGAAACGCUUGAAAAAUUCCCAGAAAAGCCAAGAUGUUUGCUUCUGAUAUUGGAAGAGCGUGAACUAGGUUAUUAGAAACUGAAAAGUUUUUUUUUUUGGCAAAGAGAACAAAAAUCGGGGCUCUAGGUACUUUUAAAAGGGGGAAACGAUCUCAGAAAAAUUCCAACUUUUUUUUUUUGCAGACUCCCAGAAAAUUUGUUGAGCUGACGGGGAAAAUUUUUUAAUGGCUACUAUAGGGGUUCCUCGAAGACUGUUUGUAGAGGACUCUUAGUUCUCAGGAGCCACUUUUUUGUCUCUUAGUGGCCACUAUAGUAGUUUUAGUGGUCCAGUAAUGCCACUUCGACUUCCAGAGUGGCCAAUAAUUUUUAACCUCUUAUGUGGUCAUUAAUUUGACUACUUUCUCAGGAAAAACUUAGGGAUAAAGAUUUUUAAUGACUUCACUUGAACUGGAAAGAAAAAUCAACUAAACUUUCCAGAAAAGAAACCGUAAAAUGGGUGGCUUCGGUGGACUGUUUCCUGACCUUCUUCCUGCCCCUUUUACUGACCGUUCUGACUGAUAUGACGGUUCUGGUUCUUCGGAACCCGUGCCAGAAAAAUCAGUUCAAAUUGGUCUCCAGCAAGGAGUUGGGAGGGUGUGAGAAGCACGAGUGUACCAUGAAAAUCGUCUCGGAGAGCAAUCGAAAGGUUUUUUUCUUUGCUUUUCUCUGAAACUAUCAAGCUUGAUUUUUUUCAGAGCGCCGCGAAACGGAGAAGUCUUGCCAUUCGCCGUUGUUUCAUCGCGGCAACGAUAACUUUGUUGUUGAAUUUACCGAAUUACGUUCUUCAGGUACUUUUUCUCCAAAUGAGAUUUUUUGAUAGACCCUAAUUUCAAAGAGUAAUUCGAGAUGAAAUUUUGAAAGUCGGUGUGAUUUUAAUAUUGAUAUAGUCCGUUUUUCGCAAUUUGAAAGGACGCGAUUUCUCUGCACCCACCCCGGCUCUCGGUGACCCUCUCAUGUUUGCAUGCUAUUUUCAUGUUUCUCUGACCGCGCCGAUGAGAGAACAGAGAGACGCAGACACUCGAAAACUGUCAAGUCGCGGCAAACGGACUACAACUAGAAUAUAACUAGAAAACUAAAGAUCAAAUUUUCAGCUUGUUGACGAGUUUUACGAGCUGCGAGAGAGCGAACAUUUAUCCACGAGGAGGACUUUUCUGAGGGUAAUUUUUUGAAUUUUUCCAUUGUUCGAAAAAAAACUUUUUUUCAAACUUACUGUUCCGGAAGGGCUGUUUAAAAUAAAAAAUAAUGGAAAAAAGUUGGUAUUUUCACAAUUGAAAUUCUUUAAAGUUGCCAGAACUCCUUUGAAAAACUAAAAAGUUUAGUGAUAAAAUGUCUCAAAAAAAUGAAUUUUUCGUGCUGUUUAAAGUAUAACUGAUAACUUCUUUUUCUUUCAUUUUGGCUUGUUUUCGCUUUUUUCUGAGUUUUCGCUAUUUUUGUCUGUUGAAACUUCUUUCUUUGAAAAUAAAAUAUUGCGUGACUGAUAAAAUUAAAAUCAAAUAAUGGUCCUUCCAACAUAGGCAAAGUCGGAAAGGGGGAAAAAAUAGAAAUGUUUCUUUUAAUGUGACAAAGGUUCCUUUUUUAUUGCCCUUUUGCGCCAUUUUAUUGGCUCUUGUGCACCAUUUUUGCUGCCUCUCUCUUUUUGCACCAUUCCUUGAGCCUUUAAAAUCCUAGAAAAAGUUGGAGGCUCGAUAAAGGAACUCUUUUUCCUGCCUUUCUGCAGCCUUUUUCGAGCCUUUUGGCGGCCAUUUAUCCACCUUUGCCCAAAAAUGGAUCAGCAGGUUACUAAAGACUAUCAAACCAUUUUUGCUCAAUUUUUAUUCAAGUCCAUAUUUUCAGAUCGACGCGGCCGUAUAUGUCCUUUACUUACUUCAAUUCCCGACAGUUCCCAUUCACAUGUUGUUUUUGAGGGAAGAUAUCAGCCGCGCUUCCAGGUACCGAUUCCAUUCCGAACAGGUUCAUCUGCAGUUUUCAGACUACUACGUCCAUCAAUUCGAGAGCCGACAAGAUCCCCCAUAA